CUUUUUACAGAGGGGAUAACUCGAUGAUACUCGAUCCUUGAACUUGAGUGUUUGAGAGUUGAGACUUUGAGAAUGAGCUCAAAACACGUUGGCUAACAUUACAACACAUUAUACUGUUAUACAUUCAUAUCCGUUAGUUAGCUGUUACUGGUGUGAAGUACUAUCAACCCCACAAUUACUCUUCAAUUACAGCGAUCCUUGUACGCCUGUGAACAGCCAAUGUUAACGUUAUCACCUAGCUACGCUUCUCCAUUACCUUUGAAACUCUCGAAAAAGUCUAAAUUUAGGACCCAUUUUCAUGUUUGCGCAAAUGGGUUUCCUUCAUUUCUACCCAAAGAAAUCGACAACAUCAAAGAUAAAUUUGCCAGGAAUUUGGCUCAAAGAAUUCAGAGGUUGCCCGUUCAGCUGACAUCCUCAGGGACGUCUAUCAUGAGUAGUUGUGUAAGACCAAUGGUGCAAGGAAAUACUGAUCCAAUUGUUCUUCUGCAUGGAUUUGAUAGUUCUUGUUUAGAAUGGAGAUACACAUACCCAUUACUUGAGGAGGCUGGCUUGGAGAGCUGGGCCAUUGACAUUCUUGGUUGGGGAUUUUCUGAUUUAGAAGGGCUUCAACAGUGUGAUGCGGCAUCCAAGCGCAAUCAUUUGUACCAGUUCUGGAAAUCUUACAUCAAAAGGCCGAUGAUACUUGUUGGACCAAGUCUUGGAGCUGUUGUUGCAAUUGACCUUGCAGUUAAUCAUCCAGAAGCAGUCAGCAAAUUGAUUUUGAUUGAUGCAAGUGUAUAUUCAGAAGGUACAGGGGAGAUGGCCAAACUGCCUCGUCUAUUUGCUUAUGCUGGUGUUGCUUUGUUGAAAAGUGUGCCCCUACGACUAUACGUGAAUCUUAUAGCCUUCAAUGAUGUAUCCUUCAAUACAAGCUUGGACUGGAUGAAAAUUGGUCGAUUGCAUUGUCUAUAUCCUUGGUGGGAGGAUGCAGCUGUUAAUUUCAUGACAAGUGGAGGUUACAAUGUUGUUCCCCUAAUAAACCAGGUAAAGCAACAAACACUAAUUAUAUGGGGCGAGGAUGACCAGAUCAUCAGCUACAAGCUCGCAUUUAAAGUAGAGGGAGAGAUACAUUUAACAGAAAGUAGAGAGAGAGCUAACAGAAUUCUAACUAACUUGCUGAGCUGGACAAGUUUGUUAUACCAAGAGUUGGAGCUGCAUCAGAAGUUGCACAGCGAGCUGCAGGGUGCAACUUUGCGUCAAAUACCAGAUUGUGGCCAUAUUCCACAUGUAGAAAAACCCACUUCUGUUGCUGACUUGAUCAUUAGAUUUGUCCAAUGAAACUGUGCUCAAGCUUUUGUGUGUAGCUUUAUUGCAAAGCUUUUGAUUUUCUCAAAUUCUGAAGUAAAUGUUCAUAUUUUUGAGUUGCACCUUUGAUUAA